GCCACCUUUGGGAAUCGCUGCAUCACAGCAUUGUGACAUUGUACUGAAUGGAAGUACGGUACUAAAGUAAAUAAAUAAAUUACCGUAGUCCUACUUGUUGCUGUGGACAGAUUGUCGAAAUGGCUCAGCGGAAAGUUGUUUCAUCAGCUUUGAUAAAACGGAGCAUGCUAAACACUGUAUCCAAGAUAGUGAAAAGUCGUUCUUUUUCAUCAAGUACGAGCAAAGUUCCGCUUUCGAAACCACUCGGAAAUGCACCAAAUGUUGUCUUUGCUGAAGGAGAUGAGGAAUCUGAUACUCAUGUAACAACACUUUCCAAUGGAUUAAAAGUUGCUUCGCAGACCAAAUUUGGGACAUUUUGCACAGUGGGAAUAUUGGUGGAUGCUGGUUCUCGCCAUGAAUGCUUUUAUCCUAGUGGUGUUAGUCAUCUUCUGGAAAGAUUAUCAUUUUCUGGAUCUCGAUUAUAUCAAACAAGAGAUGAUGUCAUGAAAGCUGUUGAAAAUUUUGGAGGAAUAUGUGAUUGUCAGUCCUCCAGAGACACCAUGAUUUACGCAGCAAGUGUUAGCCGAGAAAAUCUUCCAUCAUUAGUAGAGCUCCUUGGUGACUGUGUUUUUCAACCUGCUUUACCAGACACAGAAAUUGAGCAAGCAUUAGAAAACAUUAAAUUUGAGUUACAACAGCUUGAUACAAGGCCUGAUCCUGAACCACUCAUGACUGAGUUAAUUCAUGAGGCUGCAUUCAGGGGCAAUACAGUUGGGCUACCAAAAUUUCCAAAGUACGAAGAGAUUAAUAAACUUGAUCGCAGAACAUUACAUAAAUUUUUACGAAGCCACUAUACUCCCAGUAGGAUGGUUUUAGCUGGCGUCGGUGUAGAGCACGAGGAAUUAUGUGAUUUAGCAGAGAAGCAUAUUUCAUCCCAAGCAAAAAAUCCAACCUGGUCACUUGAUGGCGAUGUUUUAAAAGAUGAGUCAACGUCACAGUAUACAGGUGGUGAAGUUCACUUGUCAAAGACAUUUGAUCUAUCAAUGAGUGUAGUACCUUUACCAGAUUUGGCUCAUGUCUCCGUUGGUAUGCAAAGUGUUGCAUUUACGCAUCCAGACUUUGUUCCGUUCGCUGUUCUCAAUAUGUUGAUGGGAGGUGGUGGAUCAUUUUCGGCUGGAGGUCCAGGGAAAGGAAUGUUUUCAAGAUUAUAUUUGAAUGUUUUAAAUCGACAUCAUUGGAUGUAUGCAGCCACUGCGUUUCAUCAUAGUUAUGAUGACGGUGGAUUAUUUUGUAUUCAAGCAAGCACACACCCAUCACAAAUACGAGAGUGCGUACACGUUAUUACGCAAGAAUUUGUCAGGCUUCUAAAUGGUGUUGAUGAAGCUGAAUUGUUAAGGGCAAAAACCCAACUUAAAUCAAUGUUGAUGAUGAAUUUGGAAUCACGACCUGUCAUGUUUGAAGAUGUUGGAAGACAAGUACUUGCUACAGGUUUAAGAAAAUCUCCACAGGAGUUAUGCGAAAUGAUUGAAUCCGUAUCAAAUGAUGACAUUUUGAGAGUUGCAAACAGAAUGUUAUCUAGUCGACCAUCUGUAGCAGCAUUAGGAGAUGUAUCCAACUGUCCAUCACUUGCUGAUAUUCAGACUGCUCUAAAUAGCAAAGAUGGUAAACUGCCAAGAAAGUUCAGAUUGUUCGGACGAUGAAGGAAUGAUUGAAGACCAACCAAACUCAUAUACGUGCUGUCUAUUUUCACCCAAAUCUGAAAUAUGGAGCAUUUGGGUGAACAUACGCAUUGCUAUUUACUGCCUGCACCUCGAAAUUUUGUUAUCAUCCACCCUCUUUCCGCUUUCAUCUCAAUGCUGCUUAGCACUGGUGCCAUUUUAUCCAUCAGUCGAACAUUUUUCUUUUUUAAUAAAAUCUUGGAAAAUUUCUCUACUCCCAGGUUGAAAAAAAUUUUGAUAUGGAAUCUAA